GUACUCUGCUAAUGAUGAGGAGGAUUAUAAUUAUGACUGAAGAGGAAAUGGCAGUGGCCUAAGGCUUUCAAAUAUUGGGAUUGUUAGAGUUUUAGUUUCAACUUACAAAACCCGUAGUCUGAGGAAUCAAGGCCUCAGUUGAACAUUCAGCAUCUCCAAUCGAAAAUGCAGCUCAACUAAUGAGAAAUGCAACAUUCUGGUAAAUAACCUGUAUGUGCUGUCUGACAUAAAACACCGUUAUGCUAGAACUGUGGUCUACAGCAGAAUUGAAAACACAGGGGACACCUCAGACCAGGCCUUGUUCAGAGUGACACUGCCUGACACAGCUUUCAUCACCAAAUUCCUUAUGGAGAUUGAUGGGAAAGUGUAUGAAGCACAUAUUAAGAAAAAAGUUCAAGCAGAAAAAGAAUACCAGGAGGCUUUAGAGUCUGGCCAUACUGCAGCACAUGUUGGUACCAGUGCACGGGAUUCUAACAUGUUUGUGGUGUCAGUGAAUGUGGCAGCAAGAAGCAAAGUGGCAUUCAAUUUAACUUAUGAAGAGUUGCUCACUCGUCGGCUGUCUGCUUAUCAUCACACCAUUACUCUCACACCAGGACAGGCUGUGCAAGACCUUAAUGUAGAUGUAUUUAUUCAGGAGAUAAGAAACAUCACACUUCUAAACGUAACAACUUCUGAUGAUAGAGGAAUUUUACAAUCAGCAGAUGAUGAAGUCUUGGUGGAGUACCUGUCUCCACUGUCAGCUCAUGUGCACUAUGCCCCAAGUGAAAGCAAGCAGCAGAGUCGGCUGGGGUUUGGAUUGCAGCAGCUUAUUAUAGAAUAUGAUGUAGACAGAUCAAUAAGUCCUGCAGGUGAUAUCAUGUUCAUGGAUGGAUACUUUGUCCACUUCUUUGCUGCUGAAGAUGUUCCUCCACUGCCAAAACAUAUAAUCUUCGUUGUAGAUACAAGUGGUUCCAUGUGGGGCCGCAAGCUUCAACAACUCCAACAGGCCAUGUACUCCAUCCUUGACAGCCUCAGGGGGGAUGAUUAUUUUAGCAUCAUUCAGUUUGGUACAAAUGUUGUAGAAUGGUCAAAUCGUCUACAGGACAUGGUCGGACUCAACAGAUACAGCAUGACACAUGAAGCUUCGGAAACCAACAUUGCUAAAGCUAAACAGUUCAUAAAAUCCAUGGAAGCUUCUGGUGGUAUAUUUAAUUUAUUAGCUAACUAAAUCUUAAGUUUAUCUUAAAUAGUAAGUUGAGGUUUGAUCCCAGUGAGCAAGGUAAAUAUGGCCCUACCCUAGCCAAUGAAUGCACUCUAAAUGAGAAUGUAUGAAGUCAAAGCUCAGAACAUCAGCUAUUGACUUUUACCAUUAAUGACUCAUUAUACAUCAAAGUUGAAUAGAACCAUUUUAUUUUUUGUUUGCUUUGUUAGUUAAUGUUGUUCAUAUAAUUCCAAUUGUUGUUCAUUAUAACAAACAAAUACACAUAUGUAAAUUCUGUACUAAUCUUUAUUUACUGUUUUUUAUAUAUGUAUCAUAUUCAGUUGGUGCAUUUCUAUUUAUUGAUUUAAAAUGAAUGGCAAAUUAAUUUUAGUUUAAUAAAUAGCUUCAAGGAAUGCAUUCCUUUCAGGUACAGUUAUGACAUUUUGUAUAUAAAGCAUUAAAGUAACAUAUGUGCUAUUGUGUGUUGUAAAUUUAAUAUAACGAUUUCAUACUAUGGACUAAGCUGUUUAUGAAUUUCAGGCACCAAUAUCAGUGGAGCAUUGAGAAAGGCACUGCAAUUGGCUGCCAAGCAGCAGUUUGGUGCUCAUGCUGUUGAUGCAACUGGUGAAAAUAGCAAUUUAAGAUCAGAAGAUCAUCCAAAGCCCAUGUUAAUGUUCUUGACU